AUGACUCCUUCCAUCUUCGAUCCUGCAGCUCUCAUCUCUUCGCUCCCUCGUUUGCUUCCUGUGUCUUCAAAGACACUCAAAUCACAGCAUGACGGGAUCACGGCGCUCUUACACACAGCUAUGGUCGCCGUAGGCUUUCGACUCGUUGCCGUUGACGAUUCGGCACCGGCGAACGACGCUCUCGUCAACAUACUGCCUUCUGAGUGGAACAGCCAUAGUCCUGGUCAUUUUGCACUUAGAUAUCGCCACGAUCAGAGUAGCAUGGAGUUCAUUAUCAAGGUCGUGAAAUUGGGAAGCCGCACAUUGAUCAACGGUAUUGCAACAGAGAGUGACAAGGCGGCAUCGCUGGAUAUAUCUACCAAUGACUUCACUUCCCCGUCGUUCUACCCUUGUGAUCUCACAUCUUCCACUGCCCCACCCCUUGUUCACGGAUUCAUAUCAUCCAAUAGAGUUACCGACCUAUUAUCACAGAUUAAAACCCAAAUCAUCCAGAAACUCGUCCCUAAUUUGAACAAAGAGGGCUACCAAGAGGAGCGCGUCGAAACGUCCGCAGCUGGUAGGUCUAACGCUCAACGGCCGCGUACUCCACCGGAUGCGAGGCCACAGCCUCCCCCUCUCCUUCCUGACCUGCGCCGACAACAAAUUCCUCCACGUAACCCGCUUGAGAUAGGCAGACGGGAUCUUGACCCCAUCCCUCGAAAUCCAUUUAGUCCCCCUUCUCUGUUCCCUGGGAACGAUUCGGAUGGGAUGUUUGUCGGUCCUGAUCAUCCCAUUUUUGGAGCUCGGGGAGGUAGUAGCACUCGGGGCCCUUGGGGCGGUGACGGUUACCUCCCGCCGAUGGGGGCGCCCCCGGGAGCCCGAUUCGACCCAGUUGGACCUGGCUUGGGACCCGGAAUAGGUCCAUUCCCUGGUAGAGGUAACCCUCUCAGUGGACGAGGAAGGCGCCCUCCCGGAGGACAUGGCGCUCCCGAUAAUGACGAAUUUAUGCCUCCAGGAGCAGGUGACAUGUACAUGUAA